CCAAAGUAGGCGAUGGCAUGCUCCAUACCAGCCUUCCACAGAAUCUGUACCAACCCUAUGAUGAGUCCCGCCGCUGCGUCAACCGGGCGCCCCUCGCCCAUCCACACAAGGACCCGGAAUGCCUCGCGGUACAUGAUGCUCGUAUGAACAGACUCCGACGCCCGCUCUUGUCGGUCCGUAUCGUCGGCGCAAAUGGGCUGAAUCCAAACCACUCUUUUCCUGAGCAUGCGCCCCAGGUGGCUGAGGAGCGCAUCAACCUGCCCGUCGACGAGCCCCUUUUUAUCGUUCAGGAUGAUAGGGCACGCGGCGCUGGGUCGCACGGAUUUGCAGAGGGAGACGGCUUCGAAUGGUGGUAGAUUGCCGAUGUCGUAGGUGAUCAACCUGGCCCGGGGAAUUGGAAAAGAAUCCCGCUCCUCGCCACCGAGCGCCCAAGCCAACUGCACACUGAAGUGGCCGAAGCCACGAUCCGGGGGGGAAGAGAAAUGACAGCCAGGCCGACAGCCGGGCCGAUAGAUGCGGCGAGAAAAAAAAGGAACCCGCCGAGAAGCUGGGCGGCUCCUUCAAACACAGCCAUCGACACCAGAGCGACCACUAAAAGGACGAUGUGGCGCCAGGCGAAGGAGAUGGCCAUCAAGACGAGCGAAGCAACAAUGCUGAGCAGGCGGAGGGCGGUGAGUGUACCGACGUACGAGGACAGGGCGACAAUAGCCUUGUCCAGGUCUGGCGGGCUUCGCAUCAGCUCGGCUUGGUCGUGAGGGUCAAUGCCGGACAUUUCCACCACCAACAGGCCGAGCAGGUGGGUAGAAUGGACGGGCCGCAUGAAGCUGAAUGCCACCACGGACUCGAUGAAUCCUGCCCGCCAAACAAACCGCAUCAGCAGUGCAUGGAAGAUCGACACCCAGCAGUUGCGCACAAUGGUGUUGGGGUUGAAUGAGCCAGGUGUUUGGUGGUAGAAGAGCACUUGAUCCAUUGUUGCCGAUCAAACCCAAAUUCUCGGAACGGCCGAAUCGGCUUCUAAUAGGGGGGUGAGCGGUCGCGAACGGCGAUGGAGGGUGGGGUUGGGUUCCUCGCGAGGCGUGUAGAGCCGUAGCAAGGAGAGCCCUUUUGAAAGGAACCGAAUCCCCGAUGGGGCAUCAGACCCCUUUUCCAGGUUGGCGCCGCCGGGGGAGGGAAAGAUUGAUUCAGCCGCUCAGCCUGGCCCGAACGCCUCGAAAUCUCUUUCGGGGCAUCACCGACGGGGAAUCCCGUGGAGCCUCGUCUCUGGUGCCGAGGAAGAUUCUUCGGAAACAGGGUCGUCGACCCAAACCCUUCGAAUCUAGGACUCUACGACCCACGCACCCAGCCCUGUUCUUUUGUCCCACGAUCUUGGGUUCACCACCUAUGUAAGUUGCAAACCACCUCAAACUGCCAAGAUGGCUGGGGAUCAGAUGGAAAAUGCUUCCUACCAGCUGCUUGUUGGCGGCCUUCGGCUCCUCGCGUGGUGCUUGGGGUUACUGCUGCCUGUGCUGGACGGAGUUUUCACCGCCGUGCUAGUCCUGUACAGAGCCACCUACAACAUUGCCUAUCAGCUCUCGUUCCGCUGGAACCGCGACUCGGCCGCUGGCGAACCCAUGGAUGACUACCUCCCACGCGCCAAAGGGGAUCUUCCGCAAGAGGCCUACACAUAUGUCUCGCUCCCUAGUGAGCGGCACAUUCGGAUCCUGCAGCUCAAGCAGCCAAGCGUCUCAGGCUUGCGAAGCAGCGUCAUCGAAUGCGAUCUGCUCCUUGUUCCCCUAAACAAGCCAAGUCUCAUCUCCUCGUACCGGGCGAUUUCUUACAGCUGGGACGGCCAGAGCUUCGACCGCUACAUCCUGUGCGGCGGCAAGAAGCUGGCAAUCACGAAAAACUGCGAGGAUAUACUACGCCACAUGUUGAGGCAUGCCCGACUAUUUAUUUGGAUCGACGCCAUUUGUAUCAACCAGGGGUCCCCCGAGGAGAAAGCCAUCCAGGUUCCUCUGAUGACGGAGAUUUACGGGCGCGCAUACCUGGUGAACGUCUGGCUCGGCCUCCCCACCGAGGGAACCGGGCUCGUCUUCAGCUACGUGUGGCUGUUUUGGUGCUGCUCGUGCUUCCCCGAACCAGCAAAGACUUGGUUGACAAGACGCCUUCAUGGCAUCAUCGCAGCCCGAGGCCACACACCCUACUUCCUCGACAUGUUGCACCGCAGCUGGUGGCGACGUGUCUGGACCAUCCAGGAGUCCGUCCUCGCCCCCGACUCAUCGUGGUCCUCCAUGUGCCCGCUACUCGUCAACUGCGGUAGGUUCGAGAUGCCGAUGGACUGCCUGGCCAUCGCCCUCCUCGACUUCUCCUCCUCGCACAAGCUCUACCAGGAGGAUACGUACAUCUACAACUAUACGACCUGGGCGUAUCUGGUGACGUGCCAUCUCGACCGCAGGGCGUUCUCCCGUUCUGAACCCUCACUCGAUCUGCUCCUGUUUCGCUGCCGUGCCUGCCACGUCACCGAACCAAAGGACCGGAUUUACGGGCUAUACGGCGUCCUGGAGCGACUCGGCAUCAGGUUAUCCGAGGUCGACUAUAACAAGACCAAGGAACAGGUCUACUUGGAAUUUACCAGGGAAGCCUGCCAAGCAACAAACUCGCUGAGCCUUCUAAAUCUCGUCGCGGGAAGCAACAACACCGCGACAUCGGCAACGAUCCCGAGACAGCCAAGUUGGGUUCCCGACUAUGGUGGCCCUUAUCGGAUGGGAGACAACUGGGCCUCGAGCGGCCUGAGAGCUUCGUCCGGCUUGGUGCCAGAUUUCCACUUCAGCAUCGACGGCCGUGUGCUGCGGACGGUCGGCGUCCUCGUCGACACGAUCAAGGAGAAAACCACGACCACCAUCUGGCAGCCCUCGGGAGAUCCAGCCCUCGUCGAGGACGGCGACUUGGUCAGUCUCGAGUGGGGGUUUCUCCAAACCGUCCGGGCCUAUCGGGAAUGGAAUGAACUCUUUGAAAAGCACAUUGACACCCUGUGGGUGACGUACGGCUCCUCGUGCGAAGGCGUGGUGCGCGCACUGAAAAAGGUCCUCACCCUCCGCCAGCAAGCGUGCUAUCCGCCCGCCGCCAUGUAUGCGUGGAUGCACCUGAUAGACAAGAGGCAGGACAGGUCCGGCGCCUUUAUGGAAGCAAACUGGAGGCUCGAACGUCGGAAGGAUUUCAAAGAGCAUCGGCUCCGCUCUUGGUUCCGCUUCAUGAUGACGAGCGGCCAGGACGAGGAGGAGUGGCAGACGCUAUGUGCGCUAAAGAUGUGCCCCAAAGCGUCGGAUUUGAAUCAUGCCAUAUGGAUGCACAAUGCCGACCGGCAGCUCUUUGUCACCAAGCGCGGAUUCUUGGGCUCCGCAAACAUGUCAAUACGGGAGGGAGACGCCAUCUUCGUACUCAGCGGCGUCGACCGACCAAUGAUCCUGAGACCGCAAGGGACGGAUCCAAACUUGUGGACCAUCCUGGGCCCGGCCUAUAUUGAUGGCAUGAUGGAGGGACAGCUUUGGGAUCCCGGAAAUCUUCAGCUUGUAUCGAUUAUUUAGUUUUCUUCUUGCCCCGUAGUAUUCCACCCGAGGAGAGAGACAGAGAGACAGAGGGAGGAGAAUACUUAACAGCCUAGCCGCGAUCUACCAGCCCCUGCCUCCUAGGGGGGCAUAUGACGUGUUAGCGCUACCUAAGCUAUAUACACCAGGUCAUAGUGCUGCUAUUCGGCGGCUAACAAAUACAACCCGAAGGCACGCGGAGCUCGGGCCGCAUUCCGGCGC